AUGAAGCUCCGAGAGAAUGCGUUAUUUCAAAUUGCAAUAACAGCAUCAUCAGUAAAGUCUCAAGUGCUUACGAAAGUAACCGAUCCUCAAUGGAUCGGAACACAAGUAGAUCCUCCGUCAGACGAUGUCAAUGUUGGCAAUCAAGCAGAUAUAUCUGAUUUUUAUCUCAAACCAUCCGAUGCAGCAGCUCUCGCCAAAGCUGGUUUCAAUCCGGACAGCGCUCGGGUUAUAACUCCUGAAGAUGGCUACAUUGAGCCAGACGACAAUGCUGUGACACCGAGAGGCUUGUCAAACUCGAACAAAUGGCGGCCUCUUACUCCAGGCGGGCCAGUGACUGUACCGUAUUAUGUUCACAGCACCGCGAGUUCUUUCCAAACUCUCAUUCAGACUUCUAUGGAAUCUUUGGCCAAUGACCUCGCCUGUUUUUCGAUGCCUGAGGUCACCGACGAAGAAAUCGACUCUACGACCUACGAAAAUGGAAUUGUCUUUGUUAGGCACGAAAACCGUUGCUACUCUGCUCUUGGUCUCGCUCCUGGGGCGCAUUUCGGAACACAGGGAGUCUCUAGCGUUGCUGCUUUUGGCGUUCCUGCUACUUGGCAAGUCAUCGCCCUUGCCGAUAUUUGCACUCCAGAUAAUCCAUCAACGAUUCAGCACGAAAUGCUUCAUGCACUAGGAGUUCUGCACGAGCAUCAACGACCUGAUAGAGAUACGUACCUGCUCUUUAAUCCUUCAGCUUCGAGUAACCCCAGUGCAUAUGAUCUGAUUGCGUCCGAGCAAUGGUUCGACAUGGGAAGUCCUUUGGAAGUCGAGUCCGUCAUGACUUAUUGCUCCUUCUGUGGCGCGAUCGGCGAUGCUCCAGUAAUGACCAUCAGAGCCACAGGGGAAACUUUUAGUGACGGGUACAGAAUCACAACAACAGAUGCGAAGCAGCUUCAACACGCCUACUGCGAACUUGAUCCAAUUAAUUUCCCUGACUUCACUUACAAACAAGCGAUCAGUUGCACCUCCACUGACAAGCUCGGCUUCAACCGGGAAAUUUUCACGGAUCGUCUAUGCGACAAUGUCGUUGACUGCGGCGGAGGCGAGGAUGAAACCGGAGAGCUGAACCGGUGCAAUCCAAAAACUCCCAACACGAGCAACGGCUGCUGUGGAUCAUUGUACUUUCCCUACCAAGGUGAGUGUAUCGCCAAUGGUGAAGUCUACAACAACAAGGAGGUCUGGGAAUGCAGCAAUUCUGUAAUUGCGAAUUAUAACGGAGCCUGGUACGUAUUCACUGCGGAUUCGUGGCCUCUUAACGGAGCCUACUGGUUCUCGGACUCCAUUGUUUCGGACUCAGUUUGUCCUCCAAUCAACGAAGCUUGGAACAAUGGCAAUAUCGCUACCUGCGUCUGGGCAGGUGCCGAUGACUCAGACGAAUGCGAUCCAAAUCCUUGUGAUCCGAACGCUACUUGUACUGAUUUGUACAGAGACUACAGCUGCGAAUGCAAUGAACUCUACACUGGAGACGGCGAGACCUGCACAUUCAUCCCCGAAGUCGACGAAUGCGCUGAUGGCACUCAUGUGUGCGAUGGUAACGCCGUUUGUACCGAUGCAAGAAUCGACUACACUUGUGAAUGUGCUGAUGGAUUUAAAGAUAGUCACCAGGGCGAUGCUCCAGGUCAAUCCUGUGUUCCAGAUGAUACUUGCUGUGAAGUCAUUGAGGUUGCCAUCUGGUCUGGUACGAUUCAAUGCAUAAAAAACGACACUGAGACACAAUAUGAUAGACCAACAUGGCAGUGUGAUGGUGACGGUUAUUAUAUCGGACAUCAUCCACUCUUGAGCCCUCCGUUUGCUUUGUUUUUGGAUCCUACUACAUACUAUGGAGGUUACAUGUGCGACUCUACCAAUAUCACCAUCUCCGCCCACGUAGACCACCUCUACGCCAAUCUGCCUCCAUCUCUCUACAACAACGUCCGACUCAACAUCGGAACAUGCACGGGCAACGAUGCUCCCGACGCAAACGGCUGGAUGACAGAAACUUUCGAGUUAGGAACAUGCGGUGGCGACGCUACUCAAUCCGGCGAAAUCUUCAUUUCUUGGAUGGGACAAGGUCCUCCCGAAGUCAUCCAGCAGGACGGCGUUUACAUUUCCUCGAUUCUUGGCUUCAAAGCUGAGUGCAUCUACUCAAGCGAGCUAAGUCUCAUGGCCGAUCCAUUUUCAGUCGACCAAUUUGACUCAACUGCAGUGCCAGUAACUGACACAAGCAACUUUAACAAUCACUUCGAAUUAAACAUCUACAGCGAUAUUUUCAUGUCGGCCAAAGCUGCUGACGUCAACAUUGGUGAAAGACUUUUCGGCUCCGUCACUUCCGACCUCGAUCUAGGCGCCCUCUCCUACGUCUACCAAAUUACAAAAUGCACCGCCUACGACAGCGCCGACAUGGAAGGUCAGAGCUACAACAUCCUCGCCGAUCACUGCUCUCCAUCAACAGUCGUCGAUUUUGACGACUCCGACCUAACGGGAUACAGCGCCGUGCUGUCGGGAUUUGAUUCUGCCGACUUUUCUUUUACGAGUUUCACAUUCAGCACUGACGAUGAGACUCUUCAUAUUGAAUGCGACGUGAAAAUUUGCGUUCGUGGCGCGAAUGGCGCUCUUUUGGAUUCUUCUUGCCCUACUUCCUGUCCUUGA